GCAGGCGAUUGCCCCUCUCGAACUUUGAGGCCGAGAGGAUAGGAGAUCAUCGUUCGACUCAAAACCAGUCUCACGUUCAGACACGCCUCGGAGAGGAUGAGGAGCUGAACAGAGAGCUCCGCACAUCGUCUUCUUCCUCCUGUAGAAGCCCUUCCCAUCCCUUCACUUCGCUGUUCAGCCAUGUCUUUCGCUCUCUUCCACACCCCCAACACGCCCCACGCACGCCUUCGCAUACCCACCGCCGCCGCCGCCGUCAGCAGCAGCAGCGGCAGCAAGCUUCUCUUCCACACCCCUCCUCCCGCCGCUCUCUUCAAGCCGCUCCGGCCCCACGACUCUCCUCCUCCGCCGCCGCCGUGCCUCUCCCGGUCCAUCGCCCCGCGGCCCGUCGUGGCCCUCUGCGCCAAGAAGAAGGUGUCGCAGGGGAUGAAGGAGCAGAAGUGGACCCACGAGGGGGUCAUCGUCGAGUCGCUGCCCAACGGCAUGUUCCGCGUCCGCCUGGACAACGAGGACGUGAUUCUCGGCUACAUCUCCGGGAAGAUCAGGAAGAAUUUCAUCCGGAUGUUGCCCGGGGAUAAGGUCAAGAUCGAAGUGAGCCGCUACGACUCCACCCGAGGGCGCAUCAUCUACAGGCUACGCAACAAGGAUUCCGGUGAUUAGAGGCGAGUGCUUACUAACGGUGCGUAGCGUGCUUCAUGUGUUUGAUGAAAUGGCUCUGUUGGGUAUUCCUCUGAAGUGCUUUGGUAAUGGAAUUGGGAGGAGUUUGGGCACCUUGUUUUUGCUUAUGUAAUUAGUUUUAUAAUACUUUGACCUCUUACGUUCAAUAUGGCAUUUUUGGGGAGUGUUGC